CCCGAAGGCCCUCAGGGUGGAGGAGGGAGGGUGGGAAUCCGAGCAUCUCUCAGCGUCAGCCCGCAGGUUUUGUGGAGCUCUGUUUCUGCUGGUUUUCCCGUCCCCACGUUAACUUUCAGCAGUCUAAAAUGACCGUGAAUGUUUGCUCCGUCAUCACGAUUGUUGGCACAUAUUUUCAAGAGCUCAUAAGAUACUUGACGCUAUGAAAAGACGUCCUUUGUGGCAAUUUAUUUGGUCACAGACUUGGGAUUUUCAAGGUACAGGUGAUACCUCUCCUGCUCCACCACAGCUGUUGAUAUUUGUCGCUACUUUUAAAAAAACACAGUGACGCUUAGGGAAGAAUAAAAAUAAAAGAAUCUGAAAACGUUGAAGAUACAUAUUCAGUCUCCAAACCAGAAGGUCAACAAAGUGGAAAUGCACAAUUUUGAGGAUGAGUUAACAUGUCCCAUUUGUUACAGUAUUUUUGAAGAUCCUCGUGUACUACCAUGCUCUCAUACAUUUUGUAGAAAUUGCUUGGAAAAUGUUCUACAGGCAUCUGGUAACUUUUAUAUAUGGAGACCUUUACGCAUUCCACUCAAGUGCCCUAACUGCAGAAGUAUUAUUGAAAUUGCUCCUACUGGUAUUGAAUCUUUACCUGUUAAUUUUGCGUUAAGGGCUAUUAUUGAAAAGUACCAGCAAGAAGACCAUCCAGAUAUUGUCACCUGCCCUGAACAUUACAGGCAGCCGUUAAAUGUUUAUUGUCUCCUGGAUAAAAAAUUAGUUUGUGGUCAUUGCCUUACCAUAGGUCAACAUCAUGGUCAUCCUAUAGAUGACCUUCAGAGUGCCUAUAUGAAAGAAAAGGACACGCCUGAAAAACUGCUUGAACAGUUAACUGACACACACUGGACAGAUCUUACUCGUCUUAUUGAAAAGCUGGAAGAACAAAAAUCUCAUUCAGAGAAAAUGGUCCAAGGUGAUAAGGAAGUUGUUCUCCAGUAUUUUAAGGAGCUUAGUGAUACAUUAGAACAGAAAAAAAAAAUUUUCCUAACUGCUCUUUGUGAUGUUGGUGAUCUGAUUAAUCUAGAAUAUACUCCACAAAUUGAAAGAGUGAAAGAAAUAAGAGAGCAGCAGCUUGAAUUAGUGACACUGACAACAUCUUUACAAGAAGAGCCUCCUCUUAAAUUUCCCUACAUGCCGCGGAGCGUACAGUAUAUUAACAAUUUGGAGGUUAACACCUAA